GUCUCACCGUAUUUCAUAAUUUCAAGAUCAGGAGUUAAUAUAUCUCAAAGUUUGAGUCCACAGCAGUUGCCGCCGUAUGCUGGACAAUUUGGACGAGGGGCAGGGUUGUGCCUCUGCUCGCCGCUUACAUAAUGUCUGUGUUGCUGGGCUCCAAGAUCCGGAAAUUGGUCACCAGCAGGCGGCACUUCCUGUGUCUGCGUCGAUCGCUGAACCAAGACCUCACUACCGCCUUGAGGCCCUUCUACUUCGCUGUGCAUCCGGACUUCUUUGCCCAGCAUCCUGAGCAGCGGAACACCAACGAGAACUCCCUGAAAUUGCUGAGCGAGCACCUGGAGGCCUUGUAUGAACGCAGGCAGCGCAGUGGGGACAACCAGGUGCUAAAGUUCUAUGUGCGCACCAGUUCAGAUGCCGACAAGCGGGACUCCUUCAAGCUCAUCCAGAUUCGCACGGACUGGCAGAGCACCCGGGAUCCCAAGACCUUUAUUCAGGGUCUUCUGGAGUCCUGCAAUCUUUCCACGGAGUAUGUGAAGAACAUCAAGGCUCAGCCGGAGCCGCAAAAAACCUCCAGCUUGGAUUUCAAGCCCAGCCAGGACUACCACUACGACACGGAGUUUGCCGACUUUGAAUCUCAGCUGAAGAAUGAGCGGGCCAGCAUGCGACCAGUACUGACCACCUGGUUGAAGGAGAACGCCGACAAGGCUAGACAGCGCGCCAAGGAAACCGCGGAUCUGCAGGCCGAGAUCAACAAGCUGCAAAAAGUGCUGGUGCAGAAGCUGGAACUGCGGGACGCGCGCUACGAGUGCGGCUGGAACAUCGAACACUAUCGUGGCUGUUUAAAGACCCUCGAGCGUUUGGCCAACACCCACUUAAAGGAAAUGUCGCCUCUAAAAGGACGCAUUGUGGUCUUUGCUCCCUUUACGGGCAUUAGUUUGGAGGGUCAUGUGAUGCUCUUCACCGGCGAUGUGCUCAACACCUGGAUUGACUUCAUCAAGAACAUUCCGCACCAUGAUGCUUACUUAAAGGUGGUGCCCGUUUAUGAGCGGACACUUGCUCAGGUUCUACUUGACAUUCAGAUUGGGCGGCGGAAGUUUAUGCCCAAGCAGCAGGCCAGAGGCUAUGCAAGCUACCUCAUGAAGGUGACCACUUCGCUCAACGACUACAUAGGCAAACAAAAAUACCCGGCGGAGUGGCCGAAAACGCUCAAGGAGUUCACCAUCGUGGUGGAAUCGGAGGCGGGGCCACUUAUGGUCAGCCCCACGGGUCAGUUCAUCACACCAGCCACCUGUCCGGGUUCCAUACUCGUCGACUUCAUCAGCGUUAACAUGGAACUGGCCAGGGAACGCAUGAAGAAGUACGCCCAGGACAAGCACGUCGAACAGGAGCUAAUGGACUUGUGUGUGGAGCAGCUGCAGCUGCACUCCCUAACCAAAGACGACGCCAUCACCCCUGACAAGAUGAUAGCAGCCCUUAGAGAUCUAUCUCAGUUGCAAGUGCAGCAGCUGCAGGAAUGCAAACUCCACAUAACCCACUACUAUUCGGUACUGACCGAUGGCGUGGUGUGCAUACCCUGGGAUUUUAAGCAGAGGUAGUUGGAUGAUUUUCUCAUGUGCCUUAUUAGUCAAAAUAAACAUAGCUAAUAUUUAUGGA